CAAAGCGGCUAACAAUCUCCUUUCCCCUCCUCCCCCACAACAGACACCCUGUGAGGUGGGUGGGGCUGAGAGACUUCAGAGAAGUGUGACUAGCCCAAGGUCACCCAGCAGCUGCAUGUGGAGGAGCGGAGACACGAACCCGGUUCCCCAGAUUAGGAGUCUACCGCUCUUAACCACUACACCACACUGGCUCUCUUAUAGGACGCUUAUGAAAGCCUACGAGACAGCGGUGAAAGCUGCAAAGAAGUAUUCUCAGCUUCCAUUGCAUCCGCUAGCUCUCGCACGGCACAACUUUUUAGAAUAAUUAGGUCUCUAACAACUUUAGAUGAACAGCCAAAUUUAAAUAUGAAUUCAACCCAUAGCUGUGAGGCAUUUGCGAGCUUUUUUGCGGAGAAAGUCUUGCUGCUCUGCCGUGACCUCCCUGCCAAUUUGGAUACAAUAACAGAACUGGAGGCCCCUCGACCGUCUUCGAGUCCAGUAUUGGACCAUUUCGAUCGGAUACUCCCUGUUGAUGUAGACAGAUUCCUCUGAGCUGGAAGGCCCACCACUUGUUCCCUUGACCUGUGCCCGUCUUGGCUGAUCAGAGUGUGUCCAGAUGAGGUACGGGCCCCCUGGGUGAGAUCAUGAACUUGUCCCUUGGCACGGGGACUUUCCCAGGCGAGUUGAAGGAAGCAGUGGUGUGUCCGCUCCUAAAGAAAACAUCACUAGGUCUUUUAGAUCUUUCCAAUUACCGCCCGGUUUUGAAUCUUCCGUACCUGGGUAAGGUAAUUGAGAGAGCAGUUGCUGAACAGCUGGGUAGAUUUCUGGAUGAAACAUCGGCGUUAGAUCCAUUUCAGUCCAGCUUUCGCCCUGGUUAUGGGACCAAGACGGCUCUGGUCACCCUAACAGAUGAUCUCCAUAGACAGCUGGAUCGAGACAGCUUUGGGACUGCUGAUUCUUUUAGAUUGGUCAGCAGCCUUCGACAUGGUCGAUCAUGAAAUUUUAGACCACCGCUUUGCUGACGUGGGGAUUCAGGGCACAGUCCGACAAUGGCUGCGCUCCUUUAUCUCAGGUCGGGGACAGAGGGUGGCGCUAGGGAGGGAGUUGUUGCUGCGGCACUUCUUGGUGUGUGGAGUCCCGCAGGGCGCAAUCCUUUCCCCGGUGCUUUUUAAUAUCUUUAUGCGUCCCCUUGUCCAGAUUGUCUGGAGUUUUGGGCUGGGUUGUCAUAAAUAUGCUUAUGACACCCAGAUUUAUCUGUUGAUGGACAGCCGUCCUGACUCGGCCCUGGACACACUGACCAGGUCCUUGGAAGCUGUGGCUGGAUGGCUAUGUGGGAGCCAAUUGAAGUUAAAUCCUUUGAAGACAGAGGUCCUCUGGUUGGGUCAGGAUGACAUGGGGUUGGGGAGGCCAACUCCCAUCUUUUGCGGGGGCUCAACUAGUGCCAGCGCCUUCUGUCAAAAGUUUGGGUGUAACCUUCGACACCUCCCUUUCCAUGGAGGCGCAGGUUGCAGCCACAGCUAAGGUGGCAUUUUUCCAUCUCCACUGAAUCAAGCAGUUGGUCCCUUACCUCUCUCACCCUGAUCUGGCCACAGUGAUCUAUGCGACGGUCACCUCCAGGCUUGAUUACUGUAACUCGCUUUACGCAGGGCUGCCCUUGAAGCUGACCCAGAAACUCCAGUGGGUGCAGAAUGUCACGGCGAGGCUCCUUACAGGGUCCUGGCCGCGGGAUCACAUUCAUCCAGUGCUUUACCAGCUGCAGUGGCUCCCGGUGGAGUACAGGAUCAGAUUUAUGGUGCUGGUUUUGACCUUUAAAGCCCUAUGUGGCUUGGGACCCUCGUACCUAUGGGACCGCCUCUCCUGGUAUGCCCUGCAGAGGACCUUAAGGUCCACAAACAACAAUAUUUUGGAGAUCCUGAGCCAUAAGGUGGCUAGAUUGGCCUUAACUAGGGCCAGGGCCUUUUCAGUAUUGGCCCCGACUUGGUGGAACACUCUCUCACAGGAGACCAGGGCCCUGCGGGAUUUGACAUCUUUCUGCAGGGCCUGAAAGAUGGAGCUGUUCUGCCUGGCCUUUGGGUUUUGAUCUGGGCCAUUUUAAAAUGAGGCUGCAUUUUAAAACAAUUUUUAAAUCUAAAUUGUAUUUUAAUCUGCAUUUUAAUCAAUUGUUUUUCUUUCUUUUAUGUUUUAUUGUAAUUUUAUUGAUGUCAGCCACCCUGAGCCCGGCUCUCACUGGGGAGGGCGGGGUAUAAAUAAAUAAAUAAAUUAUUAUUAUUAUUAUUAUUAUUAUUAUUAUUAUUAUUAUUAUCGAAAGGUGACCUCCCUUUUCUGGCUUAGCACUACAGUACUGAAAAGAGGUGCCAGUUCUCUGAAGCCUGAAACAAAAGAGGAAGAACCUCUUAGGGAGAGGCAGAGGCUGGCAAGAGAUAGAGCCUGUUGCACUUUAUUUAGAAUAGAGCAAAAUUUCUCGACGAACCAAGCAGAAAACGAGAUUACCCUUGUUCUGGCCCUUUAACAUGAGAAGGCAGAUUUUUUUUAAAAAAACCUGGAAGAUCCAGUUCACAUUGAAAGGUGAGUCUAUAUUAUUUGCACUUUCCAAAAUGAUACAUGAAAUGAAACACAGAGCCAUCCUUCAAAAUUUGCAAUUCUCUAAAUUUUGUAGUGCAGCUCUCCAGUCAGUGGCAUGUACAAUAGUGCAUAUACUGAGGUGAAGUCUGCAUUAACAUGCAUACAGUGGGGAAAAUACCACACCAAAAUGCAAUCUAUAUGGGAAAAUGGCUUUCCAAAAAUGAGUCUAUUUGGAGAAAUUUUCACUUAAUGCUAAUUAGUUUUCAUGAGGGGUUUUGUUUUUUUAAUUAAAAAAUGUGCAAAUGUGAAGAACUGAAAUUAAGAAUAAAAAAAUACGAAACUGAGAGAAACCGAAAUUGACGCAUCCCUGCUAGUGAGAAGAGGAAACAGACCAAGCACAUUCUGGCUGGAGUUACGUUAGACAUACGAGAACUACAGUGGUACCUCUGGUUAAGAACUUAAUUCAUUCCAGAGGUCCAUUCUUAACCUGAAACUGUUCUCAACCUGAAGCACCACUUUAGCUAAUGGGGCCUCCUGCUGCCGCCGUGCCGCGGGAGCACGAUUUCUGUUCUCAUCCUGAAGCAAAGUUCUUAACCUGAGGUACUAUUUUCUGGGUUGGCAGAGUUUGUAACCUGAAGCGUUUGUAACCCGAGGUACCACUGUACUUAAAGGGGUAGCCCUUUGGGGAAAGGCAGGAUGCUCUGUGCUGACUAUUUGCCCAGCACAAAAGUGCAAUGUAGGCAACCACCAUAAAGGAGGCUAAUUAUUAAGGUCAGGCCGGUUCAGGGAUAGAGUCAAUCUUUUAUGCCCCAGAGGAAGUACAAUGAAGCAAUGUACAGUUAUUAAUUAACAAUGCUGUUACAUAUUCCUCUUCCUUUCUUCUUCACUCAAAAUAUCUGGAUCGGCAGAGAUCGGGAACAGUUUUUUGGUGGGAGAGAUGUUGUCAGUUUGUGGUAGAAGUGUGAGGAGGUGUAUUCUCUUCUGCAAUAUGUGAAUUGGGCCUUAAGCAACCUAGGUGGGUGAUGUCUUAUCUCAAAUACCUGGCAUAGUUGUUUUGUGUUCUUUCAAUGAGACUGAGAGGAGAUAUGAUAGCCAUCUUAAAACAUCUAAAGCACUAUCACUUGGAGGAGGGAGCCAGCUUGUUUUUUCCUGCUCCAGAGGGUAGGACCUGAACCAACGGCAUCAGGAAUAACUUGCUUGGUGGUAAGAGCUGUUUGACAGUGGAACGGACUCCCUGGGGAGGUUGUAGGCUCUCCUUCCUUAGAGGUUCUUAAGCAGAGAUUCGGUGGCCAUCUGUCAUGUAUGAUCCAGUUGAAAUUCCUGCAUUGUAGGGAGUGUUACUAAAUGACCCUUGGGAUCCCUUGCAACUCUACAAUUCUGUGAUCCUGUGUGUGCUGUUUCCAUCCUCCUAAACUGAAGCCCUAGGAGACAGUCUGAAGAGAGAUGUUUGCUACAGUCCUAUGUUCAAAUGACAUGUGAAUCUGGUGGGCAAAUGUGUCAAUUUUAGUUUAUCACUUUUCCAGUCUUUAGUUCGGUUUUUACACAUUUCCACAUCAGUUUGUAAAUUAUUUUUAAAGACCUCGUGGAACUUCACCAGCAAAUUUAUCCUAAUAUGUUUGCAUGUAAUUUUGCUGAACAUACACAUUUUUGCAAAGCAAUUUCCCCCCAAUAUAAUGCAAUUUUAUGUUAUGUUUGCCAAUAUAUCCCUUUUUGUGCACACUUUACUGCAUCAUGUGCAUUGUUGUACACAUUACUGCUUAGCAAAAUCUGGGGAAGUGCAAAUUUGGAAGGAUGGCUGUUUCGGUUCAUGAAUUACUUCGGAAAGUGCAGAUCAAGCAGCUUCACCAUAGCUGCCAAGUUAUCCCUUUUUUAAAGGGAUUUUCCCUUAUGCUGAAUAGGCUUCCUCGCGAGAAAAGGGAAAACUUGGCAGCUAUGAGCUUCACCUUUAAAGGUGAUUUGAAGCAAAUCUCUCCGCCAUUCCUACUUUGAGCAUGAUUUUCUUUUUUAGUAUCACAGGCUUGUGGCUAGCCAUAUCUCUUUGCCGCUGCAGCAGCUCCUCGAUUGUAACUGGGCGGGGGGGGGGGGGAAUAGGAUCUUUUUAAAACCCUUUGCCAUAUGGCCAUUCCCCACUGCUUACUGGCCCUGUUGUCAUUUUUAAAAAAGUCUUUUUGUUGCAUGAGUGCAUGAUCCAAAUGAAUCCUGCUUUCCCACCAGUUCCUGCCAUUGUUUUGUGGCCACACCUGCAUUUGGAACGGUCAGGAGAGCUAUAGGAUGGCUUUUGCAUUAUUAAACAACCUUUUGCAUCAUUUAUAGGCUAUUUGUGCAGUGGAACAGCAUCUUCUGGUUUCCUGUAAAUACUGGAGAUAGCGCUAUUUGGUCCUGGUGAUGUAUAUCUCAGCAGCUGAAAUCAGAGUGGGUUUACUGUCUCUUUGCAUUCUCUCCCUUCCCCCCACCCCUUUGCCUGGGGUGGCUGGGGCUGAUGGAUGUUGUGGUCCAGAACAUCUGGAGACUGGGCUGGUGGAUUGCAGAAAAACUAGGUGUACUGGCUGUGCAGUGGUUCAGACUGCCUGGUUUAGGACUUUGUUUUGGCACAGCGGAACCACACAUUUCCUGUCAACAGCUGAAGGGCAUUUGCACAUCUAAAAUUAAGUAGUGAACCCACUCCCAGGAGAUGCAGUUGGCUUGAGGCUUGGUGCGUACAUUUCACCACAAGUUUUCUGAAGCACAGAUGUUUUUAAGCCACUAAAAGACUAGUUUGCUGGCCAUAGAAAUGUGUUGCUUUUUCACUUCCUGUAAUGUAUGAAAUGGCCUCUGGGUACACUGCAGCAAAAUAUCAGCAUGCUGUGAGACAAAAGGCUGCUAGUGCUUCCAUUCUAGAUUCCUUUUCCUGAGUACUGCUGAGGCAUUGCUUUUCCUCAAUUAGCUGGAAGCAGAAUUAAAAUGGGAGGUUCCACACAAGCACUUGAUAAAGCGCCCAGUUGUCCAGCAGGGCCUUUCCUUAUGGCCAAACUCCUUCUGUAUUAAUUCCAGAGUAAGUCCCGUUCAGCUUAUUAAAGCUUCUCCCCUUGUAGAGCUGGCCUGAUUUGCUUCUUAAUGACUAUAGCAGGGGUCAGCAAACUUUUUCAGCAGAGGGCUGGUCCACUGUCCCUCAGACCUUGUGGGGGGCCGGACUAUAUUUUGAAAAAAAAAUUAAGAACGAAUUCCUAUGCUCCACAAAUAACCCAGAGAUGCAUUUUAAAUAAAAGGACACAUUCUACUCAUGUAAAAACAUGCUGAUUCCUGGACCGUCCAUGGACCGGAUUUAGAAGGCGAUUGGGCCACAUCCGGCCCCCGGGCCUUAGUUUGGGACCCCUGCUAUAGGAGGAGGAUUAGUGAUAUCCUAUCCCCACAGUGUCAGUUUCUGUUCCUGCGUGAGGGGAGGGCUUAAUUGCUAGUCCCCCCCCCCUCUUCUUUUUGCUAUUAAUGAGAGGAAACUAGUAAUUGAAGCCCCCCCCCUCAUCUUGUGAGAACAGAAACUGAAAUGGGUCGAUUGAGAGGCUACCCAAGGGUCAAUUACUGUGCUAUUAUCUAUCAUAAAUUCCCCAUUUGCAUUUAUAAGGCAGCAUUCAUAAGGCUGAACUUGCAAACAGGUGCUUAAAAAGAGCAUUUGGAAAACUUUUUCACAUUUAAUUAUUUAAGUGAUGCUGUGGAAAAACAGAAACAUAGUAUCUAAUAUAAUUUCUGUUGAUUUUGUAAGCUCUGUAAACGUUGCUGCUCCAUUGUUGUAACUCUAGCCUUUUUCAGAUCUGUCAAAAGGGCUAACAAGACAGGACUGUAACACUUAUGCAACUAUGCUGUGUGAAUGUUAUGUUUGAAACUCAUUUGCUCACGUAUGUCCACCUUGGUAUCAGUGACAGAGUGUUCUGGUAGACUGAAAUGUUCUGAAAGUUUGACAUGUUCUCCUUUCUCAGUCUGCCUUGUUCAGUAUUCUCUAAAAUGCCUGGCAGCGGCUCUCCAGGAUUUCAGAAAAAGUGUUUUUCUCCAGCCCUGCUUGGAGAUGCUGGGGUUUGAACCUUUGACUUCCUGCAUGUUCUCUUCUACUGAGCUAUGGUUCCUGCCCUUGUAAGGCAGGUUCUGGUAUAAGGCGCUGCAGGCUUCCUAGGUUGUAGGGUGUCCAUUGUCUCCAAAACGUAGUUUGUGCUUAAUGCUGCACAGACUCGGUGUUCUUUUGGAAACACUUCUCAAAUCCCAACGGGCAGCACACUGGGAACUAAAACUGACCACAGCAUUUCCUGCCCCUAAAACUGCACUUCCACAUCUCUGCCUGAAGGGUGGUGGCACAUGACAGCUUGAAGCCCACCCUGUAAUGAGGCUGAUCUUGAGUAUGGAAAUUAGCCACAUUAACAAUUGAUCCCUCUUCACAGGAACCUCCAGGAAUUGUGGAUCUGUGAGGGGAAUAGGGGCCUAGCAGUUCAAAAGCAUGACAAAGUGCAAGUAGAUAAAUAGGUACUGCUCCAAGCGGGAAGGUAAACGGCAUUUCCGUGCGCUGCUCUGGUUCACCAGAAGCGGCUUUGUCAUGCUGGCCACAUGACCUGGAAGCUGUACGUUGGCUCCCUCGGCCAAUAACGCGAGAUGAGCGCCGCAACCCCAGAGUUGGUCACGACUAGACCUCAUGGUCAGGGGUCCCUUUACCUUUACCAACUCUUAGCUACCUUACCAAACUACAGCUCCCAGAAUUCUUUGGGGGAAGCCACAACUCUUUAGCUCACUGGAAGGACAGGUCGUGAAGCUGAGGCUCCAAUACUUUGGCCACCUCGUGAGAAGAGAAGACUCACUGGAAAAGACCCUGAUGUUGGGAAAGAUGGAGGGCACAAGGAGAAGGGGAUGACAGAGGAUGAGAUGGUUGGACAGUGUUCUCGAAGCUACGAACAUGAGUCUGACCAAACUGCAGGAGGCAGUGGAAGACAGGAGUGCCUGGUGUGCUCUGGUCCAUGGGGUCACGAAGAGUCGGACACGACUAAACGACUAAACAACAACAACACAACUGUUUAAGGUGGUAACAUAGUGUUUUCAAUGUAUGGUGUGAACGUGAUCCUAGUCUCUUGGCUUUCUCGCCACCUACUAUUAGAAGGUUAUAUCUGAGGUCAAAAACAUACAUCUCUAGAGGAGGUAAUUCUGAGAAAUGUCCAAAUUUGGUGUGCUAAGAAUGUAGAUUCAAGGGAAUCUUUGCCAAAUGUGCACUCAGCUUGAAUCAUAUGGAAGAUACUUCUAUCGUAGUUCAAAGACCGUCAGUCUAUAUCCCCCCUUUUCCUCUGAAAUAACUGAGAGGUUUCUUAAAACUCAGUACCUAAGCCUUGCUUGUGAGUUUAAUAUGCUACAAAAUGUUUGCUUUAGGUUUAGCAAAUGUAAAACCUAGUUUGGGGGGUAUGUUAUGCCUGUCACUACUGUGCAGAAACUGUUAACUAGCUAGCUUCUACAGAACUUUAAUCCUAUCGGUUAGGGUCCUCUAGCUGCAAGGCCAUUAUUUGCAAGAAGAUGGAUAUCGGCCAAGCAGAAAUAUAUAGUACUACCAUAGGUGGGCAGUACAACCUCUUUUAGUACAAAUGUUUAGGUGGAAUCUUCUUUCUUGUAGUUUGAAUCCAUUGCUCCGUGUCCGCUUCUCUGGAGCAGCAGAAAACAACCUUUCUCCCUCAUCUAUAUGGCAUCCUUUAAUAUAUUUGAACAUGGCUAUCAUAUCACCCCUUAACCUUCUCUUCUCCAGGCUAAACAUACCCAGCUCCCUAAGCCGUUCCUCAUAAGGCUUCGUUUCCGGACCUUUGACCAUUUUGGUUGCCCUCCUCUGGACAUGUUCCAGCUAUCAGUAUCCUUCUUGAACUGUGGUGCCCAGAACUGGACACAGUACUCCAGGAUGAAGAUGAGACGCCACAAACUCUUUUUGACUCUGUGCAUGGCUGGUCUUUGCCUCAUCUCUUUCCUUCACUUCCUGAAGGCCCUCUCCUAUGUCACAUUCCCCAGGGAGCUAGCGUCGCUUAGCCCCAACCUGGUCUCCAACUUCUUCUGGAACAAUGCACCCGUCACCCCUCAGGUCAGCCCUGAGCCCGGGGGCCCUGAGCUCCUCCGAACGCCACUGUACUCCCACUCACCUCUGCUCCAGCCCCUCUCCCCAAGCAGAGCUGGCGAAGAGCUGCAUAGAGCUGAGUUUGUGCUGCCUGAAGACACGGCGGAAUACUUUGUGCAUACCAAAGCUGGUGGUGUCUGCUUCAAACCAGGAACCAAGGUGUUGGAAAAGCCACUAGCGGGCCGGCCAGAGGAGAAAAUAGACGGAGCUGCUUCUGGGCGGACAGGCCGGAAACCUCUGAGCACCAAUGGGACAAAGCGGCGCAAGUGGGUGGAGUGUGUGUGCCUGCCUGGCUGGCAUGGGCCUAGCUGUGGGGUGCCCACUGUGGUCCAGUACUCGAACCUCCCCACUAAAGACCGGCUGACCCCACGGGAGGUUCCUCGGAGAGUCAUUAAUGCCAUCAACGUCAACCACGAAUUUGACCUCUUGGACGUGCGUUUCCAUGAGCUGGGCGAUGUGGUAGAUGCCUUUGUGGUCUGUGAGUCCAACUUCACCGCAUAUGGUGAGCCACGCCCCCUCAAGUUCCGCGAGAUGCUGCUCAAUGGCUCCUUUGACUACAUCCGCCACAAGAUGCUCUAUGUCUUCCUGGAUCACUUCCCCCCAGGUGGGCGCCAGGAUGGUUGGAUUGCCGAUGACUACCUGCGCACUUUCCUGACUCGGGAUGGCAUCUCCCGCUUCCGCAAUCUGCGGCCUGAUGAUGUUUUCAUAAUUGACGACGCCGACGAGAUCCCAGCCCGCGAUGGCGUGCUCUUCCUCAAACUCUACGAUGGCUGGACAGAGCCCUUUGCUUUCCACAUGCGCAAAUCCCUCUAUGGAUUCUUCUGGAAGCAGCCCGGCACCCUGGAAGUGGUUUCUGGUUGCACGGUGGGGAUGCUCCAAACUGUUUACGCCACAGAUGGGAUUCGCCUGCGCCGGAGGGAGUACUACACCAUGCCAGGCUUUCGGCAGUAUGAAAACAGCACAGGUCACAUCCUGGUGCAGUGGUCGCUGGGUAGCCCGCUCCAUUUUGCUGGCUGGCACUGCUCUUGGUGCUUUACACCAGAAGGAAUCUACUUCAAACUGGUGUCAGCCCAGAAUGGGGAUUUCCCCCGCUGGGGUGACUACGAGGACAAGCGGGACCUUAACUAUAUCCGGGAGCUAAUUCGGACUGGCGGGUGGUUUGAUGGCACCACCCAAGAGUAUCCUGCUGCGGACCCCAAAGAACAAAUGUAUGCCCCCAAAUAUCUGUUGAAGAACUACCAGCGGUUUAGUUACUUAUUGGAGAACCCUUACCAGAAAGCAGAGGGGGCUGGGUGAGGGGAGUGGGGCUUGCAUGGGACUUUAUGGAAAAAGGGGGAAGUGGGGUACGUCUUUUGUUUUUCUUCCUCCCCUCCCCACCCACUCCUCUUGGAGAAGUGUGUGUUCUCUCCAGCCUCUGUUUGCCCCAUCCCAGAAAAUAUACUUGGGUGUGUCUGGGUGUGGAGGAGAUUGCAAACCAUGUAAACAAGGACCAGAGGAUGUAGGAACUGGCCCUGAGAACCAGCAGGAGGUACAGCUCCUUCACCUCUCUUGUGGGAUGGAAGAAAACUCUUAAGACAGGUAGCGCCUCUCUGUGUGACAUGGAGAUGAGAAGGAGCACACAGCUGGAUGUGUGAGAGUGCAGAAGCCUCGAGUCUUUGUUGUUUAGGUGGGCGUGAUGUCAUGCUCCAUUGCUAAAAGCCAAUGUUCAUCUGAGUCAUUUGAAACCAAUGGAUGUCCAAUUAAGUUCCACUCUCCUAGCAUAUUGCCACUUGUUCAGCCCAUAGAGGUUAUGGACAUAUGUCAGGGUAGAUGUGUGGACUCUUCUUGUCUUGGUCGUUUUCAAGAGCAUGUGGUGAUGUUUGGCCAAAAAGCACCCUGUCCCUGGAUACAAUGCUCUUUCUUUGGAGCCAGAACAGGUGGGUGGCAGCUUCACUAGGAAAUGGGUGUAUAAGUGUGAAAGAAUUUUUGUAGGUGACUCCAGGAGUCAUGUCUGUCUAGGAUAUGUAUAUUUUGCCACCUGUGUUUGUUACAUUUGAGUGUGGGUGUGCACACAAACUGGGAGCACGGUAGCACCAAAGAACUCUGCUUUCCACCUGAUAAUGAUGAACAUUCAGGGAAAAACUCUCUGCAAAUUGGCAGGCUAUGGAGGUCGAAAAGCUGUCUGGUUUUGCUCAUUAAAUGGAUGGUUUUGGUAACCAGUCUCUAAUGUGGAAGGAACAUGACAGGAGGGCUGUAGCCCACAGACUUGCAAGGGGAAUACCCACUGAGGUCCUACUUUCCCUCUUCCAUGACAACAAAAUGUGUUGUUUACAUUUUCAAUUAAAACAGUGUGCAUGUCAUGCUUAGAGUUGCUUUUAAGGAAAGGGGAUAUUAGGAUGCUAAAGCUACAGUGCACAUCCUACUACCUCUGGAACAGGAGAGGUGUAAAGGUACUUGGCUCUAUGAUGCCACCAUUUUGAAGACAGUGCUAUAUUGGAAGUCUAGCAUUUGCACGCCUAUAAUGUGCUUUGCAUAGGCAAGUAGAGGGGACAGGGUGUGUGGCGGAUGAGGCUGAUGUAAGAGCCCAACAUUUAGAUCUGGGUGCCAAGCAUUUAAGUAUUCCAUUUACGGUGUGCAUCCUUUCUCCUUUGUUGAAGAGGCUCCAGUAUGUCUCUUUUAACUAACGAUAUGGAGUCAGGGUGAAAUGUAUUGUAAACCCCAUGUUAUGUUUGCUGCUAAGGAAAUAUAUUAAACAGUGAGCUACUAUGCUAACUGCAAAAAAAAUGGGUGAUGUGUGUGCAGCAAUAGGAGGGUGCACACAGGUUCCUUGCCACUGGAACAGUGUGUUCCUCUGAUGUGUGGUGUGUGUGUGUGUGUUUUUCUCUUUCUCAUUCCCUUUGUCUUUCCUGCCCUUCAAAUGCCUUAUUCCUGAUCCCUAUAAGAGACACAGAAAGUGCUGUGUCUUGCUUUAUAGUUUUCCAUUGGCAUCACUCCUAAUGCUUUGUCUCCAUGAUGCGCUCAGCCAGUUCAUGCUCUACCAUUUUCAUGUGAUGAAAUCCCUCUGCAUUGACUUCUUCUUUUUUGGUGCAGCUGCUGGUCUUGUGAAUGCUUGGAUAGCUCAAGAUGAUUACACCUCUUCUAGUGGCAAACUUUCUGGCCUGUGGGUUUGAGCCAAGGGGUGGUGGGAGAAGUGCUUCAGCCAGUUGCAGGAUGGCUCCUUGUACCAACCCGAGUCAUCUUGCAUUUAGCUGUGCCAUGUAAAAAUGGUUGUAUGAAUGAACCUUUAUGCCUUUAAAAUGAAGGAAAUUCCGGUCUAAAGCUGAGCUCACUUGAAGCCCCUUUUCUUUUUGUUGGAUGGGUGAAUGGAUUGGCUGGUGCUGCCAACCUAACUCUGUGCACCACUCUUAAGGCAAUGCUAAAUUUUGUACAUGGUUCCUUUCUCUGUUGAAACAUUAGACCACCCUCCUCCAACCUGGUGCCUUUCAAGUAUUGUUGGAUUCAAACUCCCAUCAUCCCUGACCAUUGGCCAUGCUGGCUGGGGCUGAUUGGAAUUAUAGUCCAAAACAUCUUGAGGCCACCAUGUUGGGGAAGGUGGCACUAAAAUGACCCAUGGAAUGGGCUGUUUGCUUUUUCUAUGAGAAGAUCUUCAUUGGGCUAAAGGAGAGGGAUCCUGAACCAUACUGGGUACAGCGGGCACAGUGGGGUGUAGAGUUGAUGGAGCAGAUCUCAAGCGGCUAUUCCAAAAUGAAUGUGCAGCAAUAGCAAAGGAGCUGCUGGUGACUAAUGGAGGUUAGUUAAGCACCAUAGGUUCCCAGUACUGCCAUACAAAGGCCCACUACACAGAGGGAAUAGUUUUCUUUUCAGUCUUGGGAGGAAAUGGGAAUCUAGGCUUUGACCUUCAGCUCUUAUGACCCAGCCUGCCUAACACAAUUGUUGCAGUAUGUUCCUUCACUACUGAUGUGUGUUGAGAGGCAAGGGAGAGGGAGGGGGGAGAGAUGUGCUCCAACCCUUGGGACAUGGAGAAUGUGCGCUUUGGUUGUGCUGCAGUGCUUGGUUGUAAGCCUGCAGCGUAUUGGGACGAAAUUCCAGAAAAAUAGCCCAUCAAGAAAUAACCAAGGGGAUGACUUCACAUAUCUUCAGCACUGUGCUGCUUUCCUGCAAACCGAGCUCCUUUCUCCAAUCCAGCUCGCUGUUCAUUUCAGUCCUUGCACUUGCUCUACAGGGCAUGCUUUGUGCACAUCUAGGGCUUUCACAAUUACAGCUCAUGAAUUCGUAAUACUCCCAUCACUGCUGUCUCUAGGCUCCAUCUGUCACUGAAAAACACACACAGACAGCGAGGCUGUUCCUAGCCCUGUUAUACUUUCCGCAACUCUCCCCCUUCCUUGGGGGUGGGGGGGUUCCCCCCCCUGUUGUGUGCAAGGAACAGAUCCCAUUGUAAUUGGAUAAGUUAGCGCUGAAUUCCUUUGGGACACUGAAAGAACUCUUUGUUCUGGUCCCCUCUUUGACUGCACCAAAGUGAAACUUGAAACUGACCUCUUGGGUUGGGGAUAGGGGAAGAAAAGGAGAAUUUACAGUAAAAGCUUUGCUUUUUAAAAAAUAGGACUGCCUUUUGCAUAUGAUGGGUGGUUUUUUAAAAACAUUUCCAGUUUAAGAACCCUCUAUUUAAUUAUUUAUUAUGUAGUGGGAACAGAGUCCCACAUUAAGGAACUUUGCACUAAUAGAAAAGCCUUUGGACUUCUGCAUUCCGGUUGGGGGUGGGGGUGGCCAACAGUGGCUAAAGGAGAAACAACUUUGGGGAAAUAUCUUGGUAAGCCAGUAAUUUAGGCACCUAAUUUUACCCCUUGACUUGCAGAGUCAAUGGAAAAUGAGUAAGUCAAAUAUUACGGUAAAUGUAUAUGCAACAGGUAGAAGAGGAGAGCUCUGAGAUGAGUGAAGAACCUGCCCUAAUGGAAGAACCUUUAGGCACAAUUGUAGAGGGACCGAUGUAGAAAAAUCAGGGUGUGCACACCCUCCAUCUUGUAACAAGGCUGUAUCCAGCUGGUACCACAUAGAGAAUCUGAGAUCCUUUCACAUCCUUACAAAGGUAAUUAAGGGUUCGUCCCCACUUCCGCUUGUCCCCCUGCUUUCUGGCCAGAGGUCUGAGUGAUUUUGCUGAUUGCGGUUUGUUCCGAUUCAGCACUAAACUAUGGGUUUUCCCAUGAGAAAACAGUGGGGCAAACAGAAGUGUGGAUGAGCCCUUGGUGUGGUUGGUGGGCAAAGCCAGCCUCAUUUUGGAGUGUGUCAGUGGCUGCAUACUAACGAGGAGCUGCUGCUAUGCAAGUAGAUAUUUAGUGCCUGCCCCUCCGUCAGUUUAAUGUAUACACAGAAUUUGUGUUCAGCAUUGCAGCUGCAGUGACGUCGUGUCUUAACUGUAUUGGUGAGUGUUUGGAAAGAACUUUGAUUUUUAGAAUAAUUCAUGCCACUUCAAAUGGGCAAAGGGUGGGCUGGCUUAAAAGUAUUAGCAGAGUUCUUUCCUGCUACGCAGAAAGGUUUGGAGCAGUCUUUGUUAUAGUGCUGCAUAAUGCUACUUGCAAGUGUACCAAUAGUACUAUAACCAUCAUGAUGCACUAUCCUCAUGAAUGCCAGCAUAUAACUCCUAGCAGAGCUAGCUUGAGUCUCCUCUCUCCAUGAAUAGCUGGAGGAAGUUGAGGAGUAUAUCUUUCCCAUUUUCCCCACAACAAACCCACCUUGCUUAUCCCUAGUAGACCUCCAGAAGUAUUGUCAUGGCCAGCGACAGCAACUAUGGCCAGUAUCUGUGGAGACAGUGCCCACUUUGUAGACAGGAUUUAGAGGAUAACUUCCCAUUUGUUCAGAGAAGCCCUAUCUCCCAUAGUGCCACAUUCCACUGUCUUCAAACCUGAUUUGUACAAAAUGAGGUUGUGAAAUUGGUCUUUGACUCUACCUCUUUUUAAGUUGCAAGGUGUGUGUGGUGGUGGUGGUGGGGAUUGAAUGUUUUUCCUUAUUUGAAAACAAAACUAACUUCCCUGUGUGUGGGAAAGAAGAUGUGAGGGAGAAGAAUUAUAGCCACCCUAGACUUUUCCAUGAUUUGUAUGCUUUGUGUCUCUAGGGAUUCCUACCCAUCCUCAACAAUGAGAUAGCACUCUGCUAUGAGAUCCCAUAGCUACAGUAUGAAACUGUCCAGGAACAGUUUCCCCAUCUUAUCUGCUCUUUACAUGAACUAAGCCAGGCAUCCCCAAACUUUGGCCCUCCAGAUGUUUUGGACUACAAUUCCCAUCUUCCCCAACCACUGGUCCUGUUAGCUAGGGAUCAUGGGAGUUGUAGGCCAAAACAUCUGGAGGGCCGCAGUUUGGGGAUGCCUGAACUAAGCAUUAGAGAACAGCUCCUUUGACCUACUUGUAAGCAUCUUUUCACCUUUUCACCCCUUGACCAAUACAGGCAGCAACUUAUGUGACUGGUUAUCAAUUUGUACUAAUUCUUACUCAUAUUCAUAUGUUCUCUGUGACCUCGGGGGGGGGGGGGCUACUUCACACCUUAUCCAGUUACAAGGGACAAAGUUGGCACUGCGCAGAGAGCUGGAUAGGGUGUUCUUUUUAGUUUUGUGUAUCUGUAUGGAAGAGAUAUUUUCUCUCUGCUUUGUAGCUCCUUGUCUUCCCGAUACUGUCAUUAAGACUGGGUAUUCAACUGCUGAAAAAGGAAAACUGGAAGAUUCAUAACUUCUUUUCUAUAGCAGGCACAUAAGGAUGUUCUGAAUCAUUUCUGGUGAAACUACGGCGUUUUCCUUGCAAAUUUAGAGCUCAGACUUGAACUACCGUUCAUUUUCACUCGUUGCCUGCUCCUAGGCAGUUGCCAAACUUCAUUUCUCUGUCUGUCCUCUACUGGUGGAGAUCCGGAGUAAUCGUGGAAGUAGUCACACUCUGGAUUGGAUUGGAAGGGACAAGGUGCCAUGGCUUUAUAGACCUUAAACGGAAUGGUUUGAAAAAAAGGAAUGGUACUCCACUCGACUUUUGGAGCACUUUUCAAACUCUGAAGGAUCUUAAAAAGGGAAAAUAUGGAGUUGAUGAGUUUUGUUGGGGGGAAGAGGGGGAGGCAUUAAGGGCCAUAACCACACUAUAAAAAUAGGGUUGGGAAAUCAGUGGCCCUCCACAUGAUGUUGGAGUCAACCACCAGCCACCCCAGUCAGCAUGGCCAAUGGUCUGGGGUGAUGGCAGUGGUAGUCUAAUAACAUCUGGAAGGCUAUGACUUUGCCACCCCUGCCAUAAAAAAGCAAGAGAAAAUUUUGAUACAGAACUCUCUCAUAGGUGGGGGUGGGAGGGAACAAGGCUGGUAAAUUAGCCUAAAAGAGAUAUGAAGAAGAACCUGCAACAAGGGUACACACCACUAUCCAGUAUGAUUCCUGAGGGAACAAUUGAGCAGUAUUCUGCCAUGGAAAGUCCUGAAAAUAGCUCAUUUCUUAAAGAAAAGAUACAGGAUCUCUCAUCCCAGCACAAAGAAAUAGCUUUUGUGCCCCCUGUUGGCUAAGGAAUACAUGGGACUUGCCAAAUAAGUUGAAGAAGCCCUUUAAAGUCUAAUUUAUAAAUACCAAUUAUUAAUAAUUUUUUUGUAAGAAAAAAAAUCAAAGUGCACAUUCUGAAAUCAUUUUCUCUGUAAAUGGUUGGAUUUCAUUUCACCCUUAAAGGGAUGUUUAAAGGAAGAAAUAAAACAAAUUACAAACCAUGAAAGGUAAA